GUAGAGGAGAGACAGGGCGGGCGCGGGAGGAGCCGGAGAUGCUGCCGCCCCUCCGGGGGCUGAGUUCCCUUGCAGCAGCUCGCUUGGAGCCAGAGCGCGGGCAAGCGAGCCGUGGGUGCCCAGGGAGCGGCCCUCACCUGCCUGCGGCUGGCUUCGCUCUCACAGGUCUAGGCGCGCUGCCGGCGACUGACCUCGGUACGGGGCCGUCGGCUGCAGUCGUCGCCCGGGGGAAGGACGCGGAGUCCCGCUGCCCCCGGCGGCGGGGGCGAAGACGGCCGGCGCAAUGAGCAGCAUCGAGAUCCCCGCGGGGCUCACGGAGCUGCUGCAGAGCUUCACCGUGGAGGUGCUGAGGCACCAGCCCGGGGACCUGCUGGAGUUCGCCCUGCAGCACUUCACCCGCCUCCAGCAGGAGAACCGGCAUAAAGGAGGCCAUGGCGCUGGUGACCUGGCCGGGGUCGGAGCCGCUGGGGGUGGCACCCCCAGCCGGGGGGUCAACUUUGCGGAGGAGCCCGUGCAGACCGAGUCAGAGAACGGGGAGGAGGACGACGAAGAGGAGGAGCCCGGGGACGCAGGGGCGUUUAACGCUCCAGUGAUAAAUCGGUUUACUAGACGUGCAUCAGUAUGUGCAGAAGCUUACAAUCCAGAUGAAGAAGAAGAUGAUGCAGAAUCCAGGAUUAUACACCCGAAGACAGAUGAUCAAAGAAAUAGGUUGCAGGAAGCUUGCAAAGACAUCCUUCUUUUUAAGAACCUAGAUCCGGAGCAGAUGUCUCAAGUGUUGGAUGCCAUGUUUGAAAAGCUGGUCAAAGAAGGAGAGCAUGUAAUUGAUCAAGGGGAUGAUGGUGACAACUUUUACGUCAUUGACAGGGGCACCUAUGAUAUUUAUGUAAAGUGUGAUGGUGUUGGAAGGUGUGUUGGUAACUAUGAUAACCGUGGAAGCUUUGGUGAAUUGGCCUUAAUGUACAAUACACCUAGAGCAGCUACAAUCACUGCUACCUCUCCUGGUGCUCUAUGGGGUUUGGACAGGGUAACCUUCAGGAGGAUAAUCGUAAAAAACAAUGCCAAAAAAAGAAAAAUGUAUGAAAGUUUUAUUGAGUCACUACCAUUUCUUAAAUCUCUAGAAGUCUCAGAACGUCUGAAAGUGGUUGAUGUGAUAGGCACCAAAGUAUACAAAGAUGGAGAACAGAUUAUUGCUCAGGGAGAUUCAGCUGAUUCUUUUUUCAUUAUAGAAUCUGGAGAAGUGAAAAUAUCUAUGAAAAGGAAGAACAAACAGGAAGUCGAAGAGAAUGGUGCCAUUGAAAUUGCCCGAUAUUCCAGGGGGCAGUAUUUUGGAGAACUCGCCUUGGUAACAAACAAACCCCGAGCAGCUUCAGCCCACGCUGUUGGAACUGUCAAAUGUUUAGCCAUGGACGUGCAAGCAUUCGAAAGGCUUUUGGGACCCUGCAUGGAAAUUAUGAAAAGGAACAUUGCAAACUAUGAAGAACAGUUAGUUGCGUUAUUUGGAACAAACAUGGACAUUGUUGAUUCCACAGCGUGAAGGAGAAAUAUCACUUGACAAGAGCUAAUAUCACAGAACAGCACAGUAGUGGUUGUCCACUGAAAACCUGUCUUUGUUGUAGAUGCCGAGCAUUUCCUGUGAUGUCAGAAAUUUUUUUUUGCUUUUUUUACAUAACAAUAUAAUGUAUCAGUAACUGAAAUAGUGAUUUUAUAGAUAAUAGGCUUUACCUACAACACUUCAGAAAGAGCAGGUUUUUAAAAAUCAUUAUGUUAAUUAAAUUAGUUUCUAUUCUACGAAAUUAUUAAGAUUUGCUGAAAAGUUUGUUCUAAUGAUUGUGGCAUCUUAGAAGUAUUAGUACGUACAAAGUUAGUAAAAUACUCAUAGUACUAGGAAUAUAAAAGUGGGUUCAUUCUGAUGGAUUCAAAUUAUUAUGACCAAGUCAAAAAGGAACUCGGAAGCUGAUCAUAGUUAUAAAGCAUGAUAUUACAUUAUUUCUAAAAGUCUAUAUGUGGUGAGUCUGUUUUUAUCCUUUUUAGUUUCUGGCUUGAUGCAGGUCUCUUUGAGAAAUAGCAUAAAACUCAACAUGGAAUGUUAAGGCCUCAUAUAUUUUUGCAAAAAAAAAUACAUUUUGACUAAUUGGACAAGUAAUUGUCACAUUUUGACUAAUUGGACAAGUAAUUGUCACAUUUUUCCUAAGCAACCUGAUCUUACCCUUUUCUCCCUUCUUUCCUGUUUUAUCGUUUGCAAUUCCUACUAUUUUUCACAUUUAAAAAAUUCUACGUUUUGCUUUAGACUUUGAUAUCCUUUUCAUAGCAGAUUUUGGUUACUUUUUUUUCUUUCAAAUUUCAAAUAAAAAUAAGUCCACAUUCCUGGACCACAAAAUAACUAUCAGUACAAAUUCAUGUUUUGAGAACUAUUGAUAAAACGUUAAACAUUUAUUAAAGGUGACAUUUUAUGUUUGAAAUCCCAGAAAUCUUUUACUUGCCAUAAAAUAUUUCCCAUAGCAAGAUUAAUCUGAUAAGUCUAAUAUUUUACCUAAGUGAAUAUUAUUUCUAUAUCCUUAGGCUGGAUUUACACAAGCUGAAUCUCUCCAACAUUUAAACCAAAAUGCUUCUAUCUUCUCAUGUAUUAACUGUGGUAUCUGUCUGUAGAAAGUUAAGACUGAACAGCAACUUUCUCAAUCAACAGCUAGUCUCUCGGUUUUUGUUAGAGAAGACUCCCAUCAGAAUGCCAGAAAUAAACAUUUCAAAAACAAUAGCAAAGGAGUGAAAUGAGAACAAAAAUGAAUCUGGUUUGUGAUCUUAUUAUCCCCAGCCCUCCGCAUAUAUCAUGAUUAUACCACUUUACACCCCACCCUUUUCUUUGCUUAUGUGAGGGCACAUACUUAAAUAAGGAGCUGAGCACAAACCAUUAGUUUAUUGCCAAGUGAAAAGGAAUAUUCUUCUUGUUUAAUGUUCCUAUUGUUUUAAUUUGGAAAGAAGUUAGUUUAUAGGAUGUUAGAUUUAGAGCUGAAAGGAAUUUAAAAGUCACACAAAGAGGGGACAGAAGCCUAGAGAGGUUGUAAGUGACAAAGGCAGGAUUCAAAUUCAGGUCAUUUGACCAGAACUUUAUCUGCUUCACAAAAUGUGCCCUCUUCCCUUAAGUUAGUAAGAAAUGUCUUUGUGUCAUAUCAUUCACUAACAAUAUUCAUGUUAACAAGCUGUGUGUUUGCACUAAGAUUAAAAUAAAUGAAUGGUGUUUUUUUUUUCAUUUUCCUUGAAAACAAGUUUUCAACUUCAACAUAGAUGAGGUUAAUUAAAUAUUUUAUUUACUGUGCUCUGUAUGGAAAAUCUUUUCAGCCUUAUUUGAAUAUAAAACCAUGGUUAGAAAACAAUGUACCUAUCUGAAGUUGUAUACAAAACAUAAUUAAAAGUAUAACUUCAGCCAAAUUUAACCGUAUUAACUUUUUUUUUUUUAACACAUGCUAACUUGUAGGGAGAAAAAAAGUUCCACACAUGAUGAUAAUUUGUUAGCCUUUGUACUUCAGAUUUUAUUUUAAAAUGCUGUGUCUUAGACAAGGAGAAAAACACUAAGUAACCAUAACUCUCAGUUUAUCAUUCUGUAUGCUUACUUCUAAACAGGUUAUCUGUUCUGUUGCACUAGUUUAUUGUUAACUAUUCAUAGAAUGAUAAAUACUUGUACAACAAAGAAUUCUGAUCAAGGUUGUAAAUGCCAGUCACAAUAUUUUCAGUAUUGUUGGUUAUAUUUAAAGUUUCCUUAUAA